AAAAAAUAUAAAUUUUCAUAAUAGACUUUGGGAAUAUGUUUAUUUUUUAGAUUUAUUAUUUAAUUUAAUCUAUUUGUCGUUCAUAUAACUAAAAAGUGAUAUUAAUAAUAAUUGUUAUGAACUAAGUCACCAAAAAUGCGGUGUGGAAGAGUGAAUUUCAUCCAAUCUAUCCCAAAAACAAUAUCUUUUCUCAAUCGAAGAAUAAGUGUAUCUAGUUCUAUCAGUUCCCAUUUAUCGACUUCUGCCCCCAAUUCGCCAAAAUUUCAAAGAAUAUUCUCAGGUAUUCAACCAACAGGAACUAUUCAUUUAGGAAAUUAUGUAGGAGCAAUAUUACCUUGGAAAAAAUUGCAGGAUGAUAAUCAAGAAGUCAUUCUUGAAAUUGCAGAUUUGCAUUCCAUAACGUUACCUCAGGAUCCUAAAAAUUUAUCUAGGAGCAUUUUGGAAAUGACUGCUUCCCUAAUAGCCUGUGGAAUAAAUGCAGAUAAAGUCCUUCUGUUCCAACAGUCUGCAGUUUCUGCACAUGCUGAACUUUCGUGGAUAUUAGGAUGCACUUGUACCAUGGCAAGAUUAUCUCACCUUCAUGCUUUUAAAGAAAAAUCAUCAACACUGAAAGAUGUGCCGGUGGGAUUAUUUCUAUAUCCUGUGCUCCAAGCAGCAGAUAUCCUAGCUUAUAAGGCCACACAUGUUCCUGUAGGUGAAGAUCAGGUACAACACAUCCAAUUAACUCAGGAAUUAGCAAGAAUGUUCAAUAAGAGAUUUGGUAAUUGUUUUCCAAUACCUCAUACGUUAAUAACAGAUAAUGCAUAUUCUAGGUUGAAAAGUUUAAGGGACCCAAAUAAAAAAAUGUCAAAGUCUGAUCCAGACCCCAAGAGUAGAAUAAGUAUACUUGAUAGGCCGGAAGUUGUAAACGAGAAAAUAAAGAAAGCUGUUACGGAUUUUACUUCAGAGAUUUAUUAUGAUGCUGAGAACAGACCAGGUGUUUCCAAUUUGUUGAGCAUUCAUUCUAUCGUUUCCAAUAAAGAAAUAGAAGAGAUAUGUUCAGAAUCCAAAGGAUUAAAUACUGUACAGUAUAAAUCAGUUGUUGCUGAUGCAAUAAAUGAACAUCUUCAACCUAUUCAAAGCAAAUAUGAGUACUUAGUUUCUGAAGUAGGUUAUAUUGAGGAGAUUCUACAAAAUGGAGCUGAUCGUGCGAAAGAAAUAUCUAAUCGAACCCUGGAGGAAGUUAAAGAAAAGAUAGGUUUUUUCACAAUGGAGAAAUCUUCCCGGAUUGCUUCAAAACACUGAAUAAACCAAACAAAUGAACGUUUUGUUUGAUAAUGUGACAAAGAUUCCUUAGAGUCAUCAAAUAAUGAAAUUUUGUGAUGUAUAAAAAAUUUAAAUAAAGAUGUUAUAAAGUUUGAAA